CUGCCAACGGCAACUGACUUCAUUAUUGAAAUGGCGUUUCCUGGUUCUUUUCGUCAUCGUUGUCAACAGAAAAAGACUCGAGAUGGCCACCACAUCGCCUCAUCUUAACUGGUUGAUCAUCCGCAACAACAACUCUUUCCUCUUGAAGAAGCGUGAUGUGAAGAAACCUUUCAGCACUGAGGCCAACAAUUUGACCAAUGUGAGCUCCUUCCGCUACAGCGGCUUGGUACACAAGAAAACCGUUGGUGUUGUACCGGCUGCCGACAAGAAGGGAUUCUCGGUCGUUUUGAAGAAAGGCAAAUAUGCUCAACGCCCCGCUAAGAACACAGUACGUGUUUCAUUCAAGUCAGGUCCCAGACGAUCAUUGAAGAAACUGAGGAACCUUUUGACCGGUGCUAAAUACCGCAAGGACUUGACACAGGCUGCUCUCCGCCGUGCGUCUGCCGUGCUUGCAUCGCAAAAGGCUGCCCCAGCUAAAAAUGUAAAGAAACCUGAAUAAAUAUAAAAAGAUCAAUUUUGUGAAUUGAGUUUGUAUUUAUAAAUGUUGAAUAAAACAUAAAUAAUUUGUAAUUCUGUAAUUCACUACACAAAAUAUGGUACGAAAAGUCCCGUUCUCAUGA